AACUGCAUUUGAGGAGCGGACCAAUCGCCUUGCGAGUCGUGGUGCUCCGGCUCAGGAAUGCAUUUCGUCAACAAAUGUUAGCUUGUGGUUUCGCAUCAGCUGGAGCUGUCAGCCGUACCACCAUCGCCCCUUUUGCCAGCCACCAAUAAAAGGUGCCCCAAAAGAAGCCCCCCAACAAGGCAGCCAUGGCCACAGUUCAGUGUGUGUUGCUACUUGCUCUUCACAUUCUGCUUAUCUCGGAGUUCAUCCUGGCCAAGAGGGACUACUAUGACAUCCUGGGGGUGCCCAAGGAUGCCUCGGAGCGCCAUAUCAAGAAGGCCUUCCAUAAGCUAGCCUUAAAGUACCACCCUGACCGAAACAAGGGCCCAGACGCGGAGGCCAGGUUCAGAGAAAUAGCGGAGGCAUACGAGACGUUAUCGGACGACAAGAGGCGGCGAGAGUACGACCAGUUUGGCCACGGCCCGUCUUCAGGAGCGGGACACGGCGGCAGCGGCGGCAACUACAACUUCCGACAACACUACCAGUCUUUCAACUUUGACGACAUCUUCAAAGACUUUGACCUUUUCGGUCAACAGCAACAACAACACUUCCACUCCCACCACCAUCAAGCCCACCAGAAGAGAUUCUUCCGCAAUGCCCCUGGGAGCGAACAGCAGCAGAGGAGGCCCUUCAGAGGUGGACUGUUUGAUGACAUGUUUGAAGACUUGGAGAAAAUGUUCUCCUUUAAUGCGCACAGGACUGAGAGCAGGUUCCAGGGCUCGGCCAAGCAGCACUGCAGGACGGUGACUCAACGUAAGGGCAACAUGGUGACCACCUUCACCGACUGCUCCUGAGGACAAAAUAAGAGAGACUAUGCUUUUUACAAUUGAAUGCUAAUUUAUCACUUGUGUGGAUGGGAUUUAUACUCCAGGAACAAACAAAAAAGUGGGCAAACUUUCAAAUCUCAGGAAUUGGCAUAAGCUCAUUUGCAUUCUCUCCACACAGUGUGAAAAACAUUUGCAUAACAAGCACUUGCAUUAUAUAUUUGCUGUUUUGUUCAUGCUAAUGCUUAAAAAUACAAACAAAAACCUCAAGCUCAUUAGUGAAGCUGACCUAUUAUGUGCAAUAUUCAGCACCUUCAUGUUGCCUCUCAUUCACAGACUGAAUAUCAUUGUUUAACGUCUGCACUUUGUGUGUGUGUGUGUGUGUGUGAUGAUGAUGAUGAUGCUUGAAGAUGGAAUAAAAGGUUGCAAUACCA